GCAAUAAGCCACCUCACAUAUUCAGCGCCGCGUGGAAUUGUGGGUAGAGGUCAGAGGUUAAUGUCACUUCAAAUCGACGCGCGAAACCGGCGUACUCCAGUGUUUUGAUCGGACUGUUGUUGGUUUGGGUGUCUCUCUCUUUUUUUUCUGUCAGAAUAUGGAGUUUGAAUGUGAGAAAGAUUCAAAGGGUAGCCUUUGGGGCCAUUGUGCCAUUUUUGGGUGCGGAAAUGGCAGAGGAAAAGUUGAAAAAUGGCAAGAGGACGAGUGCGCCACUCACCCAGUUGCGUAAGGUUCCGAGCCACUCACAUCUGGUGGACAUGUAUGGCCGGCUGUCCGUCGUAACUUGGCGGCUCUUCGGAAACACGGGACCCACGGCUUACCUUUCUGCUAAGAAGGACUACAGCCAUCACCAGUAACCUCGGAUGCACAGACGGGGAUUCACAACCCCGGCAGCGUCUACACCACCGCGCAUCAUAAAUCUUAUGGGCUACAAGCACAACACAGGACAAUGCACGUGUGCACCCCCCUUUAUUCUGUGGACCUUCCCAACAGAGAUGAAGGAUGCAGAUGGGAGGAAACAAUGGAUAAAGCUGGUGAACAGGAAAGACUGGAAGCCCAAAUCGAGGUCAAGGAUAUGCUCCAAACAUUUCUGUGAUGGAAAGCCAACGCUCACCAACCCAUACCCUACCGAACACCUUGGGUACGAUGCCAAGCCACCCUCUGCACGAAAACCACCAGCAGUUAGAAAGCCACUUCAGCCCUCAUCUUCAAGUAAACAAACAACAAGUAGUAAAGUGGUUAGUGAGCCUAAAACACAUCUACAUCAACACUCUGAGAAUUCUAAGAAUUCAACUAACCUGGCUCCAGUGUACCAUACAGUUUCAACUGAGCAUGACGGGCAACUGACGGAAGACCGUGAACACAGCUACAGUGCAAAGCCACAGGACAUUGCUUGCCAGAACUGUAUCAAACUACAACAAGAAAAUGAAAGGUUGAAAAGGGAACUUGAACUGUUGAGGGGUGGGAAUGCCAACAAGAAUCUCGACGAAACAAACAAGGAAAACAAGCCUACAACAACCCUCACAGGAAAGAUCAUCAAUCGUUUCACUAGUACAGAUAAAAAAGUAUGUAGAAACACUGGCUUACAAAGUAAAGCUGCCCUAGAUGGACUUCACAAGUCUGUAGAACAGAAGGCCACCCAACUGUGCUACUGGAGAGGAAGUAAGGCUGUCCACAUGAAGAAAGGAGUUAGAAACUUCACUAAGAGCCCCAAGAAGUUUGGACCAGCGCGCAAGUUAGGUAGUCGAGAUGAGCUCAUUCUAGUUCUCAUGAAGAUUAGACUCGGUGUUACCAACACGUUACUAUGUGACAUUUUUGGCAUCUCUGAAGGACUCUGUUCCAAUAUCAUUAAUACCUGGAUCCCCAUGCUAGCAUCACAUCUAAAGUCACUCAUCUUCUGGCCUGCAAAGGAAGCCAUCCUACAACACAUGCCCCCAGCUCUUGGCAAGAAGUACCCCCAACUAAGAUGCACUAUAGACUGUACCGAAAUUUUCAUACAAAGACCGCGACGCCUGGAGCUACAACAGUUGACCUGGAGCGACUACAAGAAACACAACACCAUAAAGUAUCUUGUUGGCAUCGCCCCGAAUGGCACCAUCACAUUCCUGUCAGAUGGGUAUGGUGGGAGAUCUUCUGACAAGAGUAUCACACUCGAUUCUGGUUUCCUGAACAAGAUCGACCCUGGGGAUGUCAUCCUGGCCGAUAGAGGCUUUACAAUAGCAGGGGACCUGUUGCAGAAACAAGCGCGCCUGGAAAUCCCCCCUCCCAGCUCAGGAUGGACUCAACAGACAGCAUCAGCUGUUGGGAAGACAAAGAAGGUGGCCAAUGCACGGAUCCAUGUGGAAAGAGCAAUUGGACGUAUCAAAUGGUUCGCCAUAUUGCAGAACACCUUGCCGGUCAACAUGGUGCCUAUCAUAGAUGACAUAGUUGUUGUUUGCGCAGCCCUCUCCAACCUGCGGCCUCCAUUGGUGGGAACAUAAUGUUACAGGUGGUGGUGCAGGUGCAGCAUCUCGGGCUGUGGAGUCAGGAGGAUGGACCGUGUCUGUAGAUGCAGCCUCGUUGACAGCAUGUGCAGAUUCCGGACAGUCAACAAUACCUACAUUGACAAAUUGAAGAAAAACAUGAUUG